AUGGUUUCCUUUCCUCUUCUUGCAACCGCUCUCUACGCGGGAACGACACUCGCCAAACCCCAUUCCAAAGUUUCGCAUAACCCAACCGCUACCAUACACAACGGUAUCAUAAUCGGUACUACCACCUCCCUCCCCGAUUCCAAAACCAUCGUCAAGAAAUUCCUCGGCAUCCCCUUCGCGGAAAAGCCUGUACGCUUUAGCCCCCCAGAGCCAGCCAAACCAUGGGGCUCGCCAUAUGAUGCCACCGAGUACAAGCCCGCUUGUAUCAUGAAAUUCAACUAUCCCGAGGUGAAACGUAACCAAACAAUCAAGACCUUUGCUACACCUGGGCCGCCGGCGGGAACAAGUGAGGAUUGUUUGAAUCUUAAUAUCUAUACGCCUUCUGGUGCAAAGGCUGGUUCAAAACCUGUGGCUUUUUGGAUUCAUGGAGGAAGCUUCAGUCAUGGAUCUGGAUCGCUGCCUUAUUAUGACGGGUCUAAGAUGGCGGGAUACGAGGAUCUUGUCGUCGUUACUAUCAACUACCGGACCAACAUCUUUGGUUUUCCCGAGACAUAUGAUUUUCCAAAAGGGGAGUGGAAUCUUGGAUUCCUCGACCAACGUCUAGCCUUGAGCUGGGUCCAAGAUAAUAUCGCCGCAUUCGGAGGCGAUCCUAAAAAGGUCACAAUCUUUGGAGAAAGCGCCGGUUCAGGAAGCGUUGAAGGUCUCAUCACCGCUCCUCCCGAUCCUCUUCCUUUCCGUGCCGCAAUCUUGCAAUCCGGCUCCGCCAACACAAACAUCACACCCACCGGCUCAUGGACCAAGACUACCAAAAUUGCAGGCUGUGAUACCGGCAACUUCGACGAGAUCCUUGAGUGCAUGCGCCUUGUUCCAGCUGAUAAGCUCAAGGAUCUUGUUGAAAGAGCUAUGCUCAACUUUCAGCCCCUCAGCGACAAUGGAAUCACUCUUGCAAACUUCCCCCGCGAUAUACGACUCAAGUCCAAAAAGGAGCCCGAAACCAUGGCUCGCGUUCCUGUUCUCUUAGGUUCGACGGCCGAUGAAGCCCGCCUGCAGGAUUUCAUGAACGUCACAAUUGACCAAGCUCUUCGGUCUUGGAUACCCGAUAUCAGCGCUUCACAAGUUACAACCCUUAAAUUCCUCUAUCCAAUUGGAUCACCUGGUAUCAGCAAUGAUUUCGACCAAGUAACCAAGAUAGUCACCGAGCUCGCUAUGCAAUGUCCCACUCGAUACAUCGCCGAAGACUUUACCGAUGCAGACAUCAAGACAUGGCGCUUUAUCUACAACGCGAGCUUUCCCAACACCGAGAUCUUCAAGGGCAGCGGCGCAUAUCACUCCUCCGAAAUCCAAACCCUCUUUGGCACAUUCCCUGAGAAGGGAGCUACAGAGUUCCAGGAGAAACUGAGUAGAGAGAUGCAGAAGGCUUGGGGCAAGUUUAUCAGAGAUCCCGCACAGGGCCCUGGAUGGGAACCGGUGCCUAAGAUUGGUAUCUUUGGAGAUGGUGUGGCACCUGGUACUGAUGAUAAGACGAAGAAGACUCUCAAGGUUUUGGAUGAGAAUGUUGUUGAGCCGCGGUGUUUGCUGUUUGGAGGAUUGUGGAAGAAAGGCAAGACAGAGGAGUGA